AUGGUGCAAACCCAGAUGCGGUCUGCCGCGCCUGGUGGAGACGUUUUAGAUAUUUUCCUCCCGUCCGCCGGAAGAGAAGAAAGACCCCGUUUCCUGUCUCAUCUUGCUGCCAGUCGCGCCUUGUCUCCCAUCGGUGUCAAACGCAGAGGAGGCAACAUCUCCGAAGGGGGGGAAACAAACAACGGACAAGCCUUCAACGGCCUGGUGGAAGAGCGAAGAAAGGAGAAAGGGACAAGAAAGAAAAAGAAGAAAAAGAAAAAAAGAGAGAACAAGGUCCAUUUCCUUCCCCUUGCGAUAUAG